AGCGUAUGUACCGGAAGUGUGGCAGGGCUACCGGCGGAGGACCGGAAGUGUGGCAGGGCUGAAGGAGGAAGCGGAAGCCGGCUCCACGUGGGUAGAGUAGGGAGUAUGUCGGCUUCGCUGCUGAGAAAGGGGCUGGAGCUGCUGGAGACGGCGGCGGGACACCAGCCCGGGCUCAGCAGCCCCCAGCAGCGGCCGCGCAAACCCCUGAAGAGGAAGAAGGCGGCUCGGGGUCCUGGCAGGGACAAGACCACGGUCAAGGGCAAAGUCACCAAGUCGGCGAUAGAGGAAUAUCGGAAGCACCAGGCUGUGGAUCACUUGAAGAAGAACUUGCAGUACAUGACGAAGGGCCGAUUCACUGCAGACAAAACCAUCACGCAGCAGGUCCUCGACCAGAAUAGGGGCAGGAAAUCUAGAGACCGUCCCCCAGAGAAGCCGAAGAAGAAAUCUGAAGGCACUGUCUUCACGGAGGAAGACUUCCGGAAGUUUGAGAGAGAAUACUUUGGGCGAGCUGGAGCAGUGUGAUGAGAAGUCUUGCAACUCUGAGCUUUCCAAAACUGAGUGUUCAGAGCAUGGGACUGACCCUGUCCUCGUGUUUGGGAUGGGAGACCAGGGGAGUGUGAUUAUGCCUCUUGCCAGCAUAUGUUUGGAUGUCACAUCCACUGCAAGACUUUACAUAUCUGUACGGAAUUUGUUAGUCGCUAGGAUGGGAUGUGAUGCUGUAUACGCAAAAGCAUCCAGGGAGAUCAUGUUGUUAGGGUGCAUCAUAUUUCCUCUACUGCCCACUUCCAGCCAGCACCUCACUCAUGUUCUCUUGGAGUAGAGCAGACUCUUCAUUCAAGCCAGAUGCAAACUCUGCUCCUCUGAGGCAGGAUCCUUUUAUCAAUCUGAUCUGGAAAAGACAGCUUAAAAUGGCAUGUCUCAUUAGGGGAAGCACAGGAGAUGAUUUAGAGCUGAAUUGUGGAGCAGCUGGAACAAAUUAUCAGAAAAAGGAAGGAUGCUCUAGAAAGGAGAUGUGAGUACUAUUCAAACCUCUGUUUAGGUUAUGAUCUCCAUCAGGCAAGGACCUUCACUUUUUUUUCUCCUUGGGUAAUGCCAUGUAUGCUUAUGGUGCUUGAUCAGUAGUCACUAUGGCAAAGAGUGUACUUACUUACCUCUGUGGUGUAAUGAUUAUUCCAGUAGGGUGGGAUUGGCAGAGGUGAAACAGAUCAUUCAAGCAAUUCAGGCACAAUUCUUUUUAGGUUGACUUAGGGCUGUGUGAAAGGUCUCUGUUCUCCAUGUUACUAUAUGGGUAUUUUCUACUUUCCUUCUUCAGACUGCUGAGUGGAAGUGAAAUAACCCUUCUGUAUUGGACUUCUCCCAGCCUUCCCUCCCCCAGAUCUCCUUAUACAGCUGGUAGUUUACACUCAAGCCCAUUAAGUCAGGGUACUAAACACAUAGGGGUGGUGUUGCUGCAUAGUACAGCUGGCCCUAGUAUUAACCCACAUCAGGUCCCCUGUCCCAAACUUGCUAGGUGUGGCUAUCUGUCACUUCCCCUGAGAAUAUCCACCACUCCCUGCCUUGCAAACACCAGCUGGUGAAGGUGAAGGCAGCAUACUGUUGUUGAGAACUUUUGGCUAGUGGUUGUGAUGCUGGAUCAAGGGAGGCAGUUCUCUCCUACCCAAAAAACAAUGCUAAAUGCUUUGGAUGUUGCAACAUGUAGUUUGGCCAGCAGGUGUGGAAGUUGAUUUUUCAGAGACAUUCAUCCAUUGUGCUAAGCCUAUGGGUACAAUGUAUUUCUGGAAGGCUGGUGACUACUUUAUUGCCAUCUUGUUAUAUUUCCAGAAAGCAGGACCCUUGUUCUCCCCUUGAAAACAAAGGGUAAAAAUGAGUGCCCCAAAAAACCCCCCAGCCCAAAUAUCAAUUACAUGAAUCAUUGCCUCCUUGUAAAAUAGCCUGGCUGAGCUGAAAUGUCAAGCAGUCCUGAAUACACUCUUCCUUUUAGUCUCAUUGCAAUCCCCAAAUUUGUUUCUGUUGCUCCUCUUUCCUCACUGGUGUGUUCUGUCACCCACUUGCCUGCAAUACACAGUGACCAGAUGGAGAGUCAGGGAGGGUUUCUCAGAAAUGCAAGUUUUGGGAAGUGAAGAUAUUAUUGAAACAGGCAGCUGUAGUGAUGAAAUACAGUUAAUCCUGGACAUUAGUGUUCCUUAUUGUACAUGUUGCUUGGAACUUGUUGUGUAAGAGGAUAGAGAGGGGAUUUCUCAAUUACUCAUUUCUCUUUUCUGCAGACAGACUAGAGCAGUGCAAAGACCAGUUCCCUUUUGUGCAUGUUCUUGGUGCAGAAACAGAAAGAAAUGUAUAUGGCAAUGAGUGGCUUUUCCUGUUUUUUUUAACUGUACUUUGAAUUUGUUUCAGGAAGCUGGCUCGAGUAAGUUUAGAGCCAUUUUUAAUUUGCCAGCUUGUUUAAAAUAAACAUCUCAGACCUA